UAACGUAGCGAAAGUCCUUGCCUGACAACUUAUAUAUACAGGAUCUCAUUGGUUAUUUGUUCAUUCCAUAUAUGUAUAUAUAUAUAUAUAUGUACAUUUAGUACUCAUCGAAGUGCAUAUAUAAUAUUUCCUCCCAAAAAAAGUACAUAUAUAAUAUGGGCUGUGCGAGGUGGUUUCCCUUUGUUGCACCUUCUCUUGGAAUUUUCUUCUUCAUUAUCACAUCUUGUCGGGCAGAAAAAGAUCAACAGGUGAGUCCUCUUCACCCGAGCGUGGGAGCUUCAUCUUUGACGAAGGCGGGGUUGAUGGAUCGGUGUUGGUUGUAACAAUGUAAUGUGAUGCAUCAUGCAAGGAUGUUAUGGUAUAGGAGGGUCCCGGCUUGGAUUGAUAGGUACUUGUUUGGGACCUUAGCUGCACAAUAUAUUCUUCUUUAUCCAAGCGUUUGUUUGCAUAUUGAAAUGAUGCCUUCUUUCCCUUCAUAAUUUAUAAAGAUGAGUCAACAUGUUGGGCAGUGUCAAAUUAUAAUACUUCAUGGAUAUAAAUUUAAAGUAUUAAAUUUGUGCGGGUUGGUAUGCGGUAAACCUAUAGCUCCACUUCCAUAAUUUGCUUGCUAGUCAGCAAUAGAAGUUUCUCCACGCUUUGUCCAAAAACCGAUGCAUCAAUGGUUGCAGUAGAAUCGGUGAUAGAAACAUUAACUUUGGAUCUAAUAAUAUCAUAAAAAUAUUCAAGAAUUAUCAUCGGAGUUUUGUUUCAUUUUUUAACUUAGAAAAGGAUGACUAUAUAUUAUAUGGGUAUCUUUGAUAUCUGACCUUGGAGUACCAACUGCAUCCUCCUUACCAGGAAUGUUGUUUAAUGAAAUGUAUUCACCCAAUGGUAAACAGUAGCGCACGGGAGAAAUUUGAAAUUUCAGGUCAGGAAGAACUUGGUGUAAUUUGGAGCAGCCAAAAUAUUAACAUCUAGACUAAAUCAAACGAUUUUAAUUCUGAACUAAUAUCUCCUCCAGCAAAGGCUAAGUAAUAGAGCAAAAAACACCAUUAUCUUUCAGGCUAAAGAUUAUCAAGAUGAAUACUAAUUUCCAAGGAAAAAGGGAAACUGAAUAGUCAUGGGAUAAUUACUCAAUAAACAGAUACUUGACCCGGUAAAUGGUCUUGACCCGAAAACUUGAUUGAAAUCUUGCUAUAAAUAGAUGCAUCUCUCGAGCGUGCUUCUCAACAUAUAUAGCAUAAUAUUAUAUUCUCGAACAUAUCAUAUAGAGAAAAACUACUUCAAUCCAUAUAUACUCCGUCUGAAUUAAUCAUUCAGACUUAUCUUGGUACACCCCAGAUCAAUUUCAUAUCAUUUUGCUCGAAAACAGGAUGCCAACACACAAUACCGUGUUGAAAUUGUCCCGAAAAUGCACACCCUUUAUAAAUAAGCACUACACUAUUUUUCUUCCUUGGAUGUAUAGAUGUGAACUUUUUUUAAAAAAAUCUGACAUAAAAAUAGGGCAGGCGUAAAUAGAGGUUUGAGAGCAAAGAAUUACUUCACUUUGGUUGGCUGAAUUGGGAGUUUAUGGUAGAAAUUCCCUAAUGAUUCCUGAAGAUGUUUUUAAAGAUUUUGGAGUAUCCCAUUGUUUUUGAGUGAAAUAUUUGUCAAUAUUUAAAAGCAAAAUGUAGGCAAGUUUUCAAAAACAAAAACAAAAUGACAAGCUGCUUUUUCAUUUUCAUGAUUCCUUCCCAAUUAUUUUAUUUUGGAUAACCAAUAAAUCUGCCAUUUACUCUUUUUUUUUUUAAAUCUACCGUAUACUCUUAUACGGAGUAUCUUUUAACUUAUCAUGUGAAGCAAGAUUACUGUGUUUGAAAUAAAAUGACUAUUUAUGUUCUCCAGAAUCUCAAUAUGCUUAAUAUACAUCACUUUCAAUGAAGGCAGAUUUCAGCACAUAUAGAAAUCUAUAUAUAAUUUUUUAGUGUCUUAGAGCCCCGCUGGGUCCGUGUUUUUUCUUAAGGAUGCAUUCUUUUUAUUUUUAAAGCCAUAUCGGGUCGUAUCAAAUUAUUUGGUUAAGGGCUUUAUAUGUUUAUUAUCUGCUGGAAUACAGUUUAUAAUAUCCACAAAGGAUAUGGUAAAUGCACAACUGAAAGCUAAAGAUUGCAUGGGAAAAAAGAAGCUAAGCUUGACACUACUAUGUUCUUAAAUUGCAGAGAACUAUCACUCAUUUCAUGGGGUAGAAAUAGAACCCGGAAGAUUAUGCGCAAAUCCGUAAACUUAUGUGGGGGUAAACUUAUUCAUAAAACUCUGGGAUACAUUUUGUUAGUAGCCUAAUCCGUAAUUACAGACCUAAUUUUGGCUAUCCAAAGCUGCAUUGAGUAGACAUGUGCAACCCAUACGAGUAGUCAAUUUAAUUUCCAUUAUCACACUAAGAAAGGGAUGUUUAAACAUUUUAAAAAUGACAACUAACUACUUCUGAUUAUACAUAGUGCAUGCAUAUUGGACUUCUUCUUGGUAUGGAAACAUAGAAAGAUGUUAUCCACGUGCAAAGUUCAUAUUCAAAACACAUGACUCUGAAUGACAGAAUUACUCAAACUUUUACAUUUAUAUGUGGGAGUUUACCUUGCUCCCAGAUGAAACACGCUCAGCGCAAAUUGCCAACAAUCUCCCCAGCCUAAACAAGGUUUCAAAAAGCACAUACAAGGUUGAAUUAGGCUCCAAAUGGUGGGAAACUGAAAAUCAAACAAAAAAUCUCUGAAAAAAAAAUUCAAAGUUAUUCCAGAUAGAUAAUGUUGCUAAAAACAGUUUCAUGAAAGGAAAUAUUCUCUGAACAAAAAUUCCUACUCACUACAUCAAACCUUGCACCCCACAAACUGAAACACAAUGCCCUGUAUUUUUUAGCCAUGUAAACCUUUCAGAACAGAGAUUGAUAUUGGUUUGUUCAAUCCUCAAGAAAUUUUAUUAUAUAAACCUGGCCUUUAUAUAUCAGUAAUGGCUAAGCUACUUUACAUUUUUGAAUAUGUAGUUCAUAUGACGUUUUUUUCUGAUCCAUGUAUAUGGUGUCUCCAAAAGGAGUUUUAAAACUCAUGUGUCAAAAGAUUACAAAUCCCUCCUUAAAGCAUUACAGGGUCCAUAAAUUCCAAAAGAAGGUUUCAACUUUAAUUGGAAGUACGUGAUUGUCCAACUUAUGUUGGUAGUACGCGAUUAUCCAACUUAUGAUAUAGUGCAUCACAAUUAUGAAGAGAAAACUCAACCGGGGGAUCAUUUGGUGGUGUCUUGGUCAGGAUUUAAGGCUCCUCAAAAAACUAAAGGGGAUCUUGGGCCUCCGGGAAGCAGUUCCCUUUUAAUCUUUUAUAAUCCAUUUAACCAUGUGUGUCACAAACUUGCUCUUGAAAAGUAAACCUACUGGAACACCAACAAAACCUCAGCUGAUCAUAGUCAUUAGUAACUAUGCUACACAUAAUAUAUCAUUUUCUCCAAUUCUACUUAAGUAUUAUGUAGCAAAAUUAGAUAAGGAGCAGUUGAAGCAGGCUUAGAGGAACACCGUAGCAGAGGGCACCCUUUAUAAAUAAUCACCACACAUUUUUUUCUUCCUUGGAUGUAUAGAUGUGAACUUUUUUAAAAAAAUCUGACACAAAAAUAGGGCAGGCGUAAAUAGAGGUUUGAGAGCAAAGAAUUACUUCACUUCAUGCGGACAUUUAAACAAACACAUACAUGACACAAAAUAUUGUUUGGGUGGAGCCCCAGAAAGAGAAGUGUUCUGAUGCAAGUUCAUUGGUCACGAAUAGUAUUAGAUGAAGGUCAAAUACACUUGGGUGGAGUUGAAGUUCGACAAAUAAGUUGCAAACAUCAGUUUUUCUAAGGGCCAGGAAUCGUUGGCAUGCAACAAGAACACCGACUCCCAAAAACCUCCCUGGACAAUGAACUAAUUAAACGAAAGAGAGGGAAAUUGCAAGUAGACAAUGAACGAGAGAUGCGAAGAAAAGAUGACUAAUCACACAAGGCUAAUUCAAAGAAUAGAGAAAAACUCACCAGAGUAGAACAAGGCAGCACCGGAAAAUCGACCUAAGAGCCGCGCAACAGUAUUUAUAAGCACCCAACGGAGGACGCUUGAAAAACCUAAUUGCUCCAAAGCCAUUACUGCGGUCAAGCUUAGGAUGCCAGGCGUUUGAGACGGAAGGAGAUAGUCGAAGGGGCUCUGAGGAUGUAGUGAAUGAAUGAAAUAAAGCAAAGACCGGAAAUAAAAGCCCUUGUGCGAUUUUUUUUUAAGCUUAUAAACAAAAUGCUAGCCUUUGCCUCCGUCCAGGGACAUAACGUUUAAAGUGCAAAGAGGUAAAAAUGUACAACAGUACAACACAGUGAAUAGAAAAGUACAAUCAGCUUAUUCAUGCAGAGACACCAACACAUUUUUCAGGACAGUUAAACCCUCAGAUUCCCUCUUAUAUAAUUGUAGAGAAAUUGAAUAAUAAUUAUAUAAUUUGUUGUUGAAUCGUUUUUGUUAAAUUAGCUCCAUACAGUUCGUUUGCAAAAGAUGCCACAUCAGCGGCAGCGGAAGCAGGGUACUACGACUACAUAGUCAUCGGAGGUGGGACCGCCGGCUGUGCACUGGCGGCGACGCUUUCCGCCGCCGCAAAGGUACUACUCCUCGAGAGAGGCGGCCUGCCGUACGACAACCCAAACGUGCAACACAUAAGUGGGUUCGGGCCCACACUGCUCGACACCUCAUCAUCCUCCGCCUCGCAAUACUUCAUCUCCACCGACGGCGUGUACCUCCACCGUGGGCGCGUUCUCGGCGGGGGCUCGGCCAUCAACGCCGGGUUCUUCACGCGAGCCAGCAGCGAUGAGGUGGCAGAGGCGGGGUGGGACCCGCAGCUGGUAAACGAGUCGUACGGGUGGGCAGAGAGGAAAGUGACUUUCCGGCCGCGGGUGAUGGGGUGGCAGGCGGCGGUGAGAGAAGGGCUGCUGGAGGCGGGGGUGGGGCCGGACAGGGGGUGGACGAAUGAGCAUUUGGAAGGCACCAAAACGGGGAGCUCCAUCUUUGACGAGAAUGGGAUACGGCAUUCCGCCGCCGAUUUGCUGGAGUACGCCGACGAAUCCCAAAUUACUGUCUAUUUGCAUGCCGUCGUUCACCAAAUCUUGUUUAGGACCUCUUACCCAGGGCAAAUACCAGUGGCAUAUGGAGUUGCAUUCAGAGACUCCAAAGGCAAUGAACACACAUCAUUCUUGAACGGUGGGCUCAAGAAUGAGAUCAUUCUCUCGGCAGGAGCAUUGGGCAGCCCACAACUCUUGAUGUUGAGUGGUAUUGGGCCGUCUGAUCAACUCAAAGCCCAAGGGAUAAACGUAAUACUGGACCAACCAAUGGUGGGCCAGGGCAUGUCCGACAACCCAAUGAAUGGAGUUUUAAUACCUACCGCUACCCCGGUGGAGACAGCAUUGGUCCAAAUCGUCGGCAUAACUGAAUUCGGAAGCUAUAUUGAAACAGCGAGUGGAUUGUAUGUGGCCCCAAACGCGGCCUUAGCAAAUGCCCUAAGAGGCUCUUUCGGUGAUGGCCUGUUCAAAGACAUGAAGGUCGAGGCCGGUAUCAUAUUGGAAAAGGUGAAGGGCCCUUUCUCUAAAGGGCACUUAGAGCUGAAGAGUAGGGACCCAAAUGAGAACCCCAUAGUCACAUUUAACUACUUCAAAGACCCAAGGGACCUUGAGAGAUGUGUGAAAGGCAUGGAAGUGAUCAAGGAUUUGGUAGAGUCGGGGGCCUUAUCGUCAUUUCAAUACCCUUUCACCUCAUUUGAAUCUCUGAUGGACUUUGUAGCCACAACUCCUUUUAACAUGAGGCCAAGACUGUUCAUGACCUCUCCAGCUCAUCACUCCAUGGAGCAGUAUUGUAUAGACACAGUGAUGACUUUAUGGCAUUACCAUGGGGGGUGUGAAGUCAAUAAGGUUGUUGACCAAGAUUAUAAAGUCAUGGGCGUCGAUGCUUUACGUGUUAUUGAUGGUUCCACUCUUUCUGCCUCCCCCGGGACUAACCCUCAAGCCACCCUCAUGAUGCUUGGAAGGUAUAUGGGACAGAAAAUUCUGCAACAGAGAACUUCUCGAUGAGCUCAAUAGCUUCAAUUUCAUAUUUCCAUAUGCAAAGUCAGCGAUGCGGAAUAGUUACGCCACUUAUAAUUAAGUUUAUGAAAAACUAUUAUGUACUUUCUAGCUAUUCAUAUUUGUAUACACAUCUACAAAAUCCAGAAUGAUGAAACUGUUUCUAAAUAAUACAUUCAUGUUGUUUAUUU